AUGAAUGAACAGGUCUUAUUUUACACGCCAUCUUGGUUAUCCCAACAAGUCCGUAGUUACCGCAAUGAUAAGCACUGGCAUGUUAUCAAUGAUUAUAAAACAGUUUGGGACUUUCCCAACAAUAAACACCAACAGUACAAUUUCUCGAUCACGCAACCGAAACUGUUCAACGAGUUUGAUGACUACAAGUCCUCGCAUUGGAAACCUAAUCCCGCAUAUAAUCACCCACACCGCAGUGACACGUACAGCGCAAAGGCUUUUGUCACUUAUGAUGCCAUUAUGCGAGAUCCAUUUGGAUCCAAGACAAGGAUAAUUUCGGGGGAUACUGGUAUCGUUAUAGGCGAAUACCUGCAGGACGCGCAAUGCGGUGUGAAAGACAUCAAUCAUGAAUGCUGGACGAAUCCCAAAAAAUCCUGGAUGUGUCACCAGCUCAUCGCUAAUGCCUACAUCGGGAGCUCUUUAGGCAUGCUUAACCACAUUGUUCGCUUCAUGCAGACUGUUGAUGAUAUGGAUGCCAACAAACGCUAUACUGGUAGGGAAGAAUUCGUCAUCCCAUGGGUUGCUAUACGGUAUCCGAAUACUGUGUUUUCCAUUCCAUGGUAUCCUGUACCACGACCGCUGCGUAGGCCUUACUCGUCUGGCAUGUAUCUCAUAAAAUCCAGCUGUUACUCGACGCACGGUGGAAUCAAGAGUGUGUCUGCGAUAGUGGAUCCGAUUUCAACUAUCUACUGCAAAGGCUACAUCCCUAAAAAGUCACAUCCGAAGAGCGGUGGUAUCUACAAGCGAAACUUCAAAUCAGAUAUAUAUCUUUUGGCCCAACGUUAUAGAUACUUGAUCAAACCAAAGGUGAUGGUAGAGCAUUUCAAAGAGUUAAUCUCUCGCGUGGUGAGUAAGUCAGCCAUCUUUACACCAUCUUAA